AUGUUAAAUCAUUGAAUAAGCAUUUUAUUCAAUGGUUAAAUGCAACUUCAAAUGACAUCUUUUAAAACAUAGUUUCUUAGGAUUAUAAAUUAUUACCCACUACUUUUUAUGUCAUGUAUUAAUUAAUUGUUCAUUUUAACAUUCGAUUUAAAAGGAAAUUUUUUAAUUUCUUGUGGUGAGGUACAAAAGAUCCCUAUCAUCACGAUACCACCUGACCUAUAAGUAGCCAGUCCGCCUUUGCUGGAAAAACUGAAAAAAUUAGGCUACUUUGAUUGUGCUUAUUAAGAGGUGCAGAGGCAAAACUAGAAAAAAAGUCUCUGAAACUCAUACAAAACCAACUUGGUUUAGAUCCAUUGAAAAAUUUAUAACUUCUGAAUGAGCCUGGAGAGCUGGCAAAAAUAAGGAAAAUAAUAGUAAAGCAUUUUGAUUUUACCAAGAGGCAUAGUGAAAAAAUAUAUCACUAAAAUUCAUAGAAAGUCGACUUGGAAAAUGAAUAUUUCUGAAAGAUUAUAGCAAAAAAAUUACUCAUUUAUUACUUUUUCCUCUGCAUGGGGUGGUAAAUAAAAGAUGCAGUAAUCACGCUACGAGACUACAAUACUUUUUUUAGGUUUUGUUUUUAUUCAAAUUUUUGAUUUAAUAUGUGCAAAAUUUACAUCAAUUUUCGACAAACCACUUUCCCUAUGAAAUAUACCAUGGGGACGACUAUGGACGAAUUACAAUUACAACUAACUUUACAGUUGGUAGAUUGUAAAUUUUAUUCAGGUGGUAUCCCUGAAUUUUGAUUGAGUACUUCACAUGACAUUUAUAGACACAAAUCAAAUCAAUAAGUAUUGAAAAUCUAAAUACUUUCCAAAAUACACAAAGAUUCGACAAAUGUAAGGAACUUUUUUAUUGAAACGAAACUUGAACAAUGGCGGAGCUUCAAAAUCCUCUACCUCCCGGAUGGGAUUGCCAGUGCGACAGGAAGUCUGGAAGAUAUUACUACGUCAACCACCUUACAAAGACAACAACUUGGGAUGAUCCGAGACUUCAACAUAAACCAAGACAUCCCGCACCCAUUGUACCUGUUGAACAUAUCGUGAUGCAGCAUGGUUCGCCAGAAUUUCGAAGGAACUAUGUGUAUCCCAGUCAGACUACUCCCAUACCUGCUUUUCAAAUACCGCCACAUUGUAGUCCAAAAUUUAAUGCUCUAAGAGAUCUAAGCCACGUAACUCGUGGUAGUCCGCGCACUAGCAGACUCCAAGAUACGACCUUGAGCGCGGCCGCAAACACCGAGGAAGCAGUGACUAAAAUCAGUACCAUGUUUCCGACGGUGUCCGAUACUCACAUUCGAUUACUUCUCAAGAAGUACCACAAUCGGGAAGCUUUGGUGAUAAGCGCUUUGCAAGUGGAAAAGCAUCCGAUAACGACUCCGGGACCUUUUACCACACCACCUCCCGUCCGCAAUAUUCAAACAAAUAACUAUGCCCAUUUGCAAAUGACUCCGCCUCUAGGUCUAAGGUUCUGCUCUAGGGGCGGGAGUCCGAUUUUAAGAUCGGGCUCUGGCGGUAGCAACGAGACUUAUCGGAACUCACCCAAACCUCACUCGCCUAAAUUGAAAUUAAGGUACAUGAAGUUCAUAUUUCCGAAGGCUGAGGAGACCAUGAUUUUGGACAUACUAAGCGGCAACGAUAACAACAUACAGAAGGCGUCCGAAAUUCUCAUUGAAAUGGGUUUCGAAAAGAGGGACAAUGCCAAGAAGCAAUCCGUAUUAUCUAAACCUGAGCCGGCAAAGGUGCAGCAUGCCGAACCUGAUGUUGUACCGGCCAUCAAGUCUGUUGCGGAGAAAAAAAUUAGUAAGUUGAAAAAAGCUAAAGUAAUGCUAUUAAACACUUUCUGUAGAUUUUCCUUGUUUAGGUUUAAUUUGAAAAGUAUAAUGGUUCGACCUCUUCGGGAAUAUACAAUUGACUUCUAGCAAAAAUGGUUUUACAAAAAAAACUUACUUUUAUCGAUACAAUGGGCGCGUUCAUAAGACACAAAUGUUGUGGCACAGUUACCGAAACAUCUUAUAAUUACGUCGCUUCUUUUACGCUCUUUACGGAGCAGUCGGCCAUUUUUAGUAGCGCUACAUAUGUCAAAGUAGGGAACGUGACAUAAGACCCCAACUGUUACCGAUACCCUACGAGGUACAUUGAGUUAUUUACAGUAAUAAAUUACCGAUGUUUCGCAUUUUGUAAAUAUGAAACAAUGUUCCCUUGUAACUUAAGGUUUUAACAACAAACAAAAACUUGAAUUACUUAUCUUUAACCUUUUUACCGGUAGUCAUCUUGUUCAAAAUAUCGUUCGCACUUCAUAUAAAUAAAUUGGAUGCACAACUUUGUUUACUAAAUUGUUUUUUUACGCCACUGUGUAUCUGGCGCAACGGAAUGUUUUGCACCUUGGACCCCAACGCUUUGGUAGUAACAAUCUAUUUAAGCGCGAACACCGUAAACCAAUAAUGCGUCCGAUUACUUCUUUCACUACGCAAUGAAGUACCACUUUUUCGCACAAAUACACUAUUUUAAUAGGUUUUAGCAUUUUGGAAUUGCGUGUUUUUUUUUAAAUUCAAGGUCCUUUUCGUGUUAUGCAAAUGGUGGCACAGUUUUCCCUUUUUAUUCGGCAAUUACUUCAACUUCCGCAAGCAAAAUGUCACGUACGAUUACACGGCUGUUUAAAUCUUCCGUGUACCUCGAUUAUACGAAUACGUCUUGAAACUUUCAGCGUAAAAUGUUACGCGCUCUUAAAAUGCCGCGCUUGAGUUGCAUAGAUCCGCUUCGAAAGUUCAUCGAAGAAUCUGAUAUUACGCGUUCUAAAAUGCGCUCGAAUUACGUACUCGCCGAUCCCCAACCCAAUACUGAAACGCCCCAACGCAAAACAAGUUUUGACCCUGUUUUUUUAAACAUGCAAAGGUAUAGCAGAAAAACCGUUCCUUAUGCUCCAUCAGAGCGGUCUUGAGAACCGGCAACACUGUGGCGUUUUGAGUCUUCUCUGAUUGUACAGGGUGUCCAAAUAAGAAUGCGAGGUACUGUAUCUGUG